CUCUUACACCAAUUAGUGGGAGGAGCCAUGAGUGGCUCUAAACCUGACAUUUUGUGGGCUCCACAUCAUGUUAAUAGAUUUGUUGUUUGUGACUCUGAGCUGAGCCUCUACCACAUCGAAUCCGCUGUAAGUUCUGAACUCAAAGCAGGAUCACUGCGUUUAUCAGAAGAAACAACCGCCACUCUGUUGUCCAUUAAUUCUGACACCCCGUAUAUGAAAUGUGUGGCUUGGUACCCCAAAUACGAUCCCGAAUGUCUCCUGGCAGUUGGGCAGGCCAAUGGCCGAGUUGUCCUUACUAGUCUUGGCCAAGAUCACAAUUCAAAGUCCAAGGAAUUGAUAGGAAAAGAAUUUGUUCCAAAGCAUGCACGGCAGUGCAACACCUUAGCAUGGAAUCCACUGGACGGCUAUUGGCUUGCUGCUGGCCUGGAUAAACAUCGAGCUGAUUUCUCAGUACUAAUUUGGGACAUCAGUAGCAAAUACACUCCAGAAAUUCCAGUUGCGACUGAAAAGGUCAGGCUUUCCUCUGGAGACACUGAAGGAGGGCUGGUUGUGACAAAGCCGCUUUACGAAUUGGGGCAGAACGAUGCUUGCCUUUCUCUUUGUUGGCUUCCACGGGACCAAAAGCUUCUUUUAGCUGGAAUGCAUCGAAACCUGGCUAUCUUUGACCUUAGGAAUAUAAGCCAAAAAAUGUUUGUGAAUACCAAGGCUGUUCAAGGAGUCAGUGUUGAUCCAUUUUUCCAUGAUCGUGUGGCUUCCUUCUAUGAAGGUCAGGUUGCCAUAUGGGAUCUUAGAAAGUUUGAAAAACCUGUUUUGACCCUAACGGAACAACCGAAACCCUUAACCAAAGUGGCAUGGUGCCCUACAAGGACGGGAUUGCUAGCUACUUUGACCAGAGAUAGUAAUAUCAUCAAACUCUAUGACAUGCAGCACACUCCCACGCCGAUAGAUGAAACCGAACCUACAAUCAUCGAGAGAAGCGUGCAACCCUGUGAACAUUAUAUUGCUUCCUUUGCGUGGCAUCCCACAAAUCAAAACCGAAUGGUGGUGGUAACUCCAAACAGGACCAUGUCGGACUUCACUGUGUUUGAAAGGAUCUCUCUUGCAUGGAGUCCAGUUACCUCUUUAAUGUGGGCGUGCGGGAGGCAUUUGUAUGAGUGCACCGAAGAGGGAAAGGCCAGUACCCUUGAGAAAGACAUUGCCACCAAAAUGCGUCUAAGGGCUUUAUCCAGAUAUGGCCUUGACACAGAACAGAUCUGGAGAAACCAUAUUCUGGCAGGAAACGAUGACCCCCAGCUGAAGUCGCUCUGGUACACUCUGCAUUUUAUGAAGCAGUAUACAGAGGAUAUGGAUCAGAAAUUCACAGGAAACAAGGGCUCCUUAGUGUAUGCGGGCAUCAAAUCCAUUGUGAAAGCAUCUAUGGGAACGACAGAAAACCUCAGGCAUAGUCGGAGCGGGUCUGACCGACAGGCAGAUAUUAUUCAGUAUCUAAGCGAGGAGAGAUUGCUGGCUUUGCAGCUUUGCGGCUGGAUCAAGAAGGGCACGGAUGUCGACGUGGAGCCUUUCCUAAACAGCAUGGAACAAGAAGGAGACUGGGAGCGAGCUGCUGCCGUGGCGCUCUUCAACUUGGACAUACGACGAGCAAUACAGAUACUGAACAAAGGAGCUUCUUCAGGAAAAGGCGAUCUCAAUCUCAACGUCGUGGCCAUGGCAUUAUCAGGCUACACAGAUGAAAAGAACUCCCUGUGGAGAGAGAUGUGCAGCACUCUGCGGUUGCAGCUCAACAACCCUUACCUGUGUGCCAUGUUUGCAUUUCUGACGAGCGAGUCGGGUUCCUACGACGGGGUUUUGUAUGAAAGCAGUGUAGCUGUACGAGACAGAGUGGCAUUUGCUUGUAAAUUCCUCACUGACACUCAGUUGAAUAGAUUCCUUGAAAAGCUAACGAGUGAAAUGAAAGAAGCUGGGAACCUGGAAGGAAUACUCCUGACAGGACUAACAAAGGAUGGGGUGGAUUUAAUGGAAAGUUAUGUCGACAGAACGGGAGACGUUCAGACGGCAAGCUAUUGUAUGUUACAGGGUUCUCCCUCUGAUGUGCUUAAAGAUGAGCGGGUUCAAUAUUGGAUUGAAAACUACAGGAAUCUCUUGGAUGCAUGGAGGUUUUGGCACAAACGAGCAGAAUUUGACAUCCACAGGAGUAAGCUGGAUCCCAGCUCAAAACCUUUAGCCCAGGUGUUUGUCAGCUGCAAUUUUUGUGGAAAAUCCAUCUCCUACAGCUGCUCAGCCAUUCCACAUCAGGGUCGAGGUUUCAGUCAGUAUGGGGUCAGUGGAUCCCCAACGAAAUCCAAGGUCACAAGUUGUCCUGGUUGCCGCAAGCCCCUCCCUCGCUGUGCACUUUGUCUAAUAAAUAUGGGAACUCCAGUUUCCAGCUGCCCAGGAGGAUCCAAGUCGGAUGAAAAGGUAGAUCUCAGCAAAGAUAAAAAACUCGCUCAGUUCAACAACUGGUUUACUUGGUGCCACAACUGCAGGCAUGGUGGUCAUGCUGGGCACAUGCUGAGUUGGUUCAGAGAUCAUACUGAAUGCCCUGUCUCUGCAUGUUCAUGCAAAUGUAUGCAGCUGGACACAACAGGGAAUCUCAUCCCAGCAGAGAUGGUCCAGCCAUAAAACAGCAGAGCUUGAACAAGGACCUUCA